UCUGUAUGUAUAUGUGUGGGUGUGUGCAUUCGUGUCUUUAUAUAUAUGCGUGUGUGUGUGCGUGCGUCCAUAGCUAUACCCUGUGAAUUCCAUCCAUCCAAUCUACACACAUAUGGUUAUAUCUAUACAUAACAUGCCUAUAUAUAUAUAUAACUCAAUCUGAAUGAUUGUAACCACCACCAAAAACAACAACAACAACAACGACGACAACUAAUUAAUGCCACACUUUUGUAUGUGUCUAUCGAACAACUGAAACGAUAACAAAUCGAUAUAUCGAUAACAACAAUUUGCAACAACAAUCGACAACAAUCGACUCGUUACAAAAUGGCGGACAUCAUGCGUCCGCCGUUCAGCGACAUUAAGCGGCCCGACGAAAUCGUCAGAAUGACAACCGCCGAUAAUCUGAAAUUUGCCGUCCUCAUCGGCCUCAUCGAGGUGGGCCAGGUGACCAAUCGGGAGGUGGUCAACACUGUUUUACAUUUGGUAAGUGCAGCUCAGUUUAACUUUGUCUAGGAUUGAAUG